AUGAGCAGCUACGAGACUGAACAUGCUUCGGAUCCUCCAAAUGGCAAUCAAGGCCAACCACGCCGACCAGAUCUCUCCACAUUCCUGAGCCUUCUGUCCGAAGUCACACCGGAUCGACCAGAAGAACGAGCUCGUGAAGGUGCUGUUCCUGUUCCUGCUGAUGUCUCCGCCGUCUUUCGCUCGCUUGCAGAGGCGUUUGAAGUCAUGCGUAGGGUCAAUGACCAUGCCGACUCCAACUUGCUCGAGAGCAUGAUCCAGAACCUGAUGGACACGGCCGAACGACCUCCCCGGGAAGUCAAGGGGGUGGACGAAGAAUACAUUGCUGCAUUGGAGCGGGUCAACAUCAAGAAAGUCAGCAAAGAUGCUGACUGCCCCAUCUGUGGAAAUGCCUUCGUCGAAGACCCUCACCCGCUCCUGGUGCGCCUCCCUUGCCAUCAAAGUCAUAUUUUUGACCUUGAGUGCAUUCGACCAUGGCUUUUGGUGAACGGGACCUGUCCUUUGGACCGGAUUGACCUGGCGCAAAGGGAAAGAGAUCGAAAGAAGAAACGGCUGGAAGAUAUCAAGAAGAAUGCUGCUCCGGAGGAUGAGGAAGAGGAGUGGGAUGGGCUCUACGGCUGA